UUUGACUAUCUUUCAGAUUACUUGUUAAGAGUUUUAUUAUGCCGAAACUAAUGACUAAAUUCUUUAAUUAGCAGUACAAUGACAUAAUUGUCUCAUAUAUGUGCAGAAAGACUUUAACCUUUAUUUCUAUUUGAUCUUUUGUGUUACUGUUCUUUAGUGUCUGUUAAAAACUGAAAGUUUAUUUACAUAUUAUUACCAAAGUUCCUGAGGCUAAUAUCAUUCUUUAUUUUGUAAUAUGCUUUUGUAAUAUGCUUUGGCCUAUGUCAGUGGCCAGGUUAUAAAUCAGGACCGACAAGACAGAGAGUGUAUAAAGAAAAAAAUUUUGUAUUUUGUAAUGCUGAAUAUUAAAAAACUAGCCCUGGCUACCAAUUAGAUGCUUUCAAAUAAAUAAUUUACUUUUUAAGGCUAUUGACACAUUUCAAUAAUAAAAUCACAAAUAAGCAACUUAGUAAUAGUCUCUUUGAAGUGAUGAAAUUGACAAUAAUAAAUGCUUAAAGUAUCAAGUCAAAGUAUUUAAGUAUGCUAUAUAAUAAUAAGCAAUACAUAAAAAUGAAUCUGUUAGGGAUCCCUGGAUUUCAAAACAAGCAAAACAAAACAAAAAUACAUCUCCAUAUUUAAAGGGACUGUCCGGUGAAAAAUUAUUUUAAAAUAUUAUUUGUAAUUUAAAAUUAUGACAUAGAAAAUACCUUUCUUUUUUGAUAUUAUUCACUUAAUCACACAUAUAAAAAAACUUUUUUAUCGUAGAUGUUGUUAAAGCAUGGCUUCGUCUUGUUGCUCCAAAGGCACGCAAAACGGCCUGGGUUAAAAAUUUAGUAUGCGUAAUUAUGCAUGUGACGUAGUGGUGAAAAACAGACUAUGUAGCGAAAGUGUGUAGCGUUUCCAGUCCAAAUAUGAAACCCCUUAGAAGUUAACUGUUUAGAAACUUAUUUAACAAAACUUUUAAUUUUAAACUCUUCUCUACAAAUUAUGAAAUACUAUUAUUAACAUGUCUUCGUCGAACAAAAAUUUCACGGUAUUAGGAUAUGAACCAGAAAGAUCAGAUUCCGAAAUAGCUUCACAGCCUAGGCGGGUUUUUAAUGAUGCUUUUGAUGAUCAGGCAGACUUCGAUCCUCAGCAAAAUCCUAGAUUGUGUAAACCUGUUACUGAUUGGUGUCGUUGUGGUAAAUGUGAAAGGAUGCUGACAGAGAAAGAGUGUGUUUGCUGUGUUGAAAUCGAUGCCAUAAAAUACUUCAAUCUUAAUGAUCAGAAAUGCAUCACACAGCAUCCACAUUUUAACUAUAUCGUGUUGUUGAAAGAUGUGUUAUGGACAGCGUUAGUCACGCUAUAUGACCGGGAAAGACGCGGUUUACCUGAGUGUGACCAUGUACCAAAUAGGACGUAACGUUACAGUGCUUAUCGACAGUUUUGCUGGUUUAUCCACAACAAACUUAGACGAGGUGUACGACGUGUCAUACCAGUGUGUGCAGUUUGUAAGGUCAGGAAGGAGUAUCCUAGUGUAGAUGGACGAUACACUGGGUUUAAGGGUGACGCAGAAGGGGGAGAACUGGUUGAAAUAUAUUUUUCUUGGAUAGCGGAGAUAGAAGGCGAAUAGUUAUAUACACUACUUGUACAUAUUUACAAAAGUCAUACACACUUUUUUCGUAUAAGAAUCUGUUUUUUAAGAAACGUAGUAAUAGAUUUUUUUGUGCAAGUUUAAGAAACGUUAGAAGAAGUAUUCAUCGGAUUGCUUAAGAAUUAAAAACAUGUAAUAGAAAUUUUAUAUUUACAAUUUUAUACGUUUAUAUUUGGUCGAUUUUUCGAUAAUUUCUUCGCAAGGUGGCCUGUCAUCGGGACUAAUCUUUAACAAUAGUUGGCGUUUCAUCCAAUUUCUUUCUGAAACUUUUUUUUUACAUUCGGCGCGUUUCAUUAUUUUUUGUAGGAUAUAGUGUAAGUAGCCAUAAUCCUUAUCAACUUUCACAAUUUUGGAUACAAAUCUUUUGUUCGGUUUGGAAUACAAGACUUUGAAAGUGGUUUCCGAAUUCCUUCUUCGUUAACUGAGUGUUUCUAAAGAUCAUCAGAGCACAUACAAAAUAUUGAAUAUUUAAUAUCAAAACAUAAAAUUUGCAAUGUUUUAUAUACCUGUUCUCUGUUGAUGUUGUGGUUGUGAUCUAAAAUCUCAAGUUGGGUACCAACGAGCAUCUUUUCCAUUUUAAAAAAGUUUGACUUUGGCAAGUACUUAAUUUUCAGUGAAUGAAAAACUUUUAAGAGGGUAGUGUUGAUUUGCUCUGUAAGUGUUUCAAGAUCUUUUACAAGGCAAGGCUGUUUCACAAUUUUAACAAAUUUGUUGUGAGCUUCAGAACCCAUCACAAGCCACUUUUUUCUUUCUGUCUCUUCCUCAUUUAAUCUUGGAUGGUCGCAAGCUUUGUAUGUCUUCUUGUGGGUAAAUGUAUGUAUGUUGACAGAGUAGCGAAUUAUCGAUGUAAAUCUUUCAACUAACUUUUUUCCAUUACCAUUACAAUUAUGGAUUGACCAGUACAGGUGGUUGACCACUGCAGGUGCCCAGCUUGCAAGUAUGUUUAAGUCUAUGAAGAAAUGAUUUAAUAAAAUCCACACAUUGAGAUCUUAAUCACUCUACAACAAAAGUAACAUACCUUUCUAUUUUGAAGCCUUUAUUAACUUUUUUAACGAGUCCCUUCCCAAUGUGCCAAGGAUCGAACUGAUGAAUAAUUUUUGUAAAUCUUGGGUCGGUCCUCAUUAGCUUCUUUAUGGAGGGAUGCCUAUCAGUGGAAAUCACACGUAUUGGAAGUUCCAUGUCUUCUUGAAGUUCUUGGAUACAUCUGAUAAAGCCUUCUUUUUUCCAUUGCUUGUUAGCUGGUUACCUCCUAAAUGUAAGAAGAAGCCUAUGAGAUAGAAGUAUAUAUUUAGGAACACUUAAACAUAAACCAAUUUACCUUCACGUGUACUAUGCUGAAAUUUAAUGUUUUGUUUGUCUGGCAGUCCAUCGCCGAUACGGUACUGUAGGUGGCGUUGUGACCAGGUGUAUCACAUUGACCGUGAACAGCAAGUUCUAGCUGCCGAUUUUCAUUUGUAAUUUCACGUGACAGUAUCUGUUUUUCUUUUCGCCAAGCAUGAUCUACCUCUGGGUAAACAAAGUUGCCACGAUGCUCGUAGUACAUGGUUUUGGAAAUGAAUUGCAAGUUCAAAAUGCUUGCAAAUUUUAACAUUUUGUUAAAUGCUAUUCCAGCUAGUUCAAUAGCAGCGGUUAAGUGUAAAUUACCAGCUCCUUCGGUGCAACUUAGUUUCGGUUGACCAGACCAGUUGUAGUUAAAAACUAAAAUUCAACAAUUAAAUUAGAACCUAGCAGGGAGCUAUGGGCUAUUUUUCAAAAUCGAACAAUAAAUGUUUUACUUAACCUUUUACACACUGUAUCUUGUACGUUAGCUGACUGCCAGUAUUCUUAACUUCGCUGAUGCUUUCACUGUCUAUGAUGGAACCACACUUUAUGCAAUACUUAAUCAGCUUUAGCGAAUAAUAACAGAACCUGUGAAAUCUAAUAAAUUAUUUAUAACACAUUUCCGAAUAUAUGCUACACGGGGGUAUUAACUGACUUAAAAAAUAAUAAACAAAAAUAAGAUAAGUCAAUAAGAUUUUUUUUCGGUCUAUCCUCUAACGGGCUAGCGCGUUUUGUUUUGAUUUUCCCAUCAUUGUGCUACGUCAGGGGAAACAUGUGUGUUUAGCCUCUCAUUCAUGCUGAAUUAUUCAAACAAAAUGGCAAGCCAAAGGUGAUGCUUCACGAGGGAAUUGAAAAAAAGAAAACAACUUACAUAAGCGUAUUAAUAUAUUAUGUUUUAAAAGAUGCAGAUAUUCUUUAGUAAUAAGUAUAUAAUAGUUAAUAUAAUAUAACUUAUUUUUUUACCGGACAGUCCCUAACAAAAAAUUAGAAUUUACACUAGACAUCGAUCCCGACUCCACAAUUGACUGUUUAAAAGUAUUUAUUUAAUGCAACUACACAUCUUAUUACUAAAUUGUGUUUGUUGCUGCUGACUGCGCAAGUCCAAAAAUGCAGUGGGUUUUUUCAUAUUCCCAAGCAUUAAAAAAAUAACAGCUGAAAAAUACUUUCACAAAUAUUUCCAGCAACUAUUAAAUUUUUAUUUUGUUUUAUUUAGACAGAUUUUAUGUUGCAAGGUAUCAUCAGAGAUAUAACUCUAUUCCGUCCAGGUGGGGAAUUCUGCCCCCUCCCUCUUCCGUUUUUUGUAAUAACUCUUUUUUGCCCUGCUGCAUGGGGUUAUGAUAUUUCAUGAUUUUUAAUAUUUAGAUAUAUGGCACCUGCAUGCCAAAUUUUUAGGUCUUAAUCCUCUCAGAGCCAUUAUGGGUAUUACUCAAAACUAGUCUUAAAAUCUCUAUGAAAUCCUUAUAAUCAGGAAACUAUCCUUCGUUAGGAUUAUUCUUGUAAGUUGAAACUCACAACAUUAUUUCAUUUAAGGGAAUCAUUUCGUAAAUUUUACACACAUGAAUAAUUCGAUUUUCCAUUUUUUUUUAUUUUACUUAAAAAUCGGGGAAAAACCUGUUUUUCAAGCAACUUUUGGCAUUUUUUCAUGCAAACUAUGUAAAAAUUGGAAAAUGUGUUAGAUAUCGUUUAUUUAACUAUCACAAACUUCAAACAAAAUGUUAAAAUUCGCCCUAGAACUAUUGGGUCGUGCUGACGUCAGCACAAAUUAGUACUGCUUUAGAUUUUGAAUUUAACCAAAUAACAUGAGAUCCUAAGUCCAGUGCAUUUGUGCAUUUGGCAAUGGGGGAUGAUAAAUUUCAUGAACUUCACAAUAUGAUUAUUUGGUGAAAAGAAAUAUCCCUAACAAAACUAUACAGAUACUGUAAAUGCUCUCAAAUUUCCAUAUAUCCCUUUAACCAUUGGACAAAAGAUCAUUGAUUCCAUGUUCCUGCAAGCAUUUGCCUCAUUAACCAAGUAGAUUUUUUCUAUUGGGAGGAAAACUGUGUUGGUAGCUUUUAAAAGUGCAAACAAACUUUGAAAAAAUAUGCGUAACAAAAUUUUGUUGAUACCGUAAAUGCCCUCUAGAUGUUCCUUUUGUCAAUUACAGGUGGCAAAAAAGUAUUUGAAAAUAAGAAUAUAUAAUUGUUAAACAGAAAAAAAACAAGAAGGUGUUUUAUAUUCAAAUUUAAUUAAAACAUAAUCAAUGUCACUAGUUUUCAAAAGCUCUCAUUAAACUCAGAACUAGCUGGUGAUGGUGUAGAUACAUAGUUAUCACUAUGAUUUAUAGUAAGGUCAAUAGAUAUUGGGUUGUCUGUCAGAAAAAUGGUGUUGCUUAGUUCAAGAUUGGAGACAGUGUUGCAAAUAAGAAAGCUCCUUAAAUAGUUUUCUUGGAAGCUUUUCUUUCGUCUAGCACCCGAUUUUCCAUAAUUCUUCACCAAUGCUAGACCUAAAAAUAAUGAUUGCAUUAUAUGUAAAGGUAGCUGAAUAUUCUGAACUCUGAGACAGAAAGAAAUUGUAGAAUGGGGAUAGGUCAGAAUUUCUAGCUGAAAAUAAAUUUUUUAAUAAGAUAAGUCUUCAAAGUUAUCAUAAUUCAGAGCUGUCAAGUGAAAAAAAUUUUAAUGACGUUGGAUUGUGAACUUGCUGCAAAGUCAACUUUUUUCAGUCUUUAAAGCUCUUGUGUUGUGCAUUCCAGAAACACUAGAACAUAACAACAACUCAAUUAAUUGACCUUUACAUAAAAAACUGCAUUCUUAGAUUUUCACUUUCUUGCCGUCACAAAGUCAGUUUAUACAAGAGCUAUAUUAACUUAGUCCAUUUUGUGAAAAUUCAAGUCACAAUGAAGUGGCAUGAAUUUUCUCUGAUUUUCGCUGUGAAGUUUAAACAAUUUGAACUCCCUUGUGAGAACUGUCAAAAUGUAAAAAUUAUGCAAAAAUUCACAUAAUAGGUUUUAAACUAGGAACUUUCAUGUCACAAACGAAAAUGAUUUACUUAAAGGAGAAUUUGGUUUUAAACGAUUGAAAAUGGAAAAGUAUUAUUAACAUUUUUUAAAACUAUCUUUUUCUUUAAAAUUGCCUUUUAAUAACCAAACUUUAUUGCAGUUGUAAUGUUACCUACAUACUAUCUCUAAUAUUAAUCUGUCUCUAAAACCUAAAGUAUUAUUAUGUUCAUUUUUCUUUGAUACAGUCAAAAAUGCAGUCUUAUUAAUUUUUUGACGUUAUGUUAAGAUGCAUUGAUUGCAUUGUGCUUAUGACUUUGAGACAAAAAAAACUUUGCAACGGGGUGGUGACGUCGGUUUUUGUUCACUGAGUCAACCCGCCCACUUAAAUUUAAAUGGCAAUAUCCCUUCAAUCAUUCGUCCAAAGCACAUGAUCCUAUAC